ACUCUUGUUAUGGGAGUCUCGCCAGAACUUCUGCAUGAAAUCGAAAAGCUAUCAAGCUGCGAUAUUUCCGAUGCACUUGUUGCCUUAGGCCAGGAGCUCGGUGGGCUCAUAGUAGAUGUAAAGAUGUUCUCUCCGGAAAUGGAACGAGGCACGCACAAGAUCGUUGGUCCCGCAUUUACAGUCCGCAUGACAUAUGCGGAUGAUCCGUCUCCUGAACGACCGGACAAGCACUUUCUCGACGCAUGUCCUCCAGGCCACAUCAUGCUCAUCCAGGCUCCUCCAGGCUCAGUCAACUCCUGCUGGGGUGGGAAUCUGUCCCUAUCUGCCCAUUCACGGAAGGUGCUUGGUACAGUUGUUGAUGGCGGCACCAGGGAUCUACUAGAGCAUCGAGAACUUGGCUAUCCAGUAUUUGCACGCUUUCACUCCACUCUCCCGCAAUCCACGUUCACCCGUCCAGCGAGAUUAUCCUGUCCGUUGACAUUUCAACCGGCUCAAUCUUCUCACCCAUUCAAACCUACACCAAGUACCACCGUCAAUCCAGGUGAUAUACUUGUAUGCGACGUGGACGGCUGCGUAGCAAUACCAAGCGACAUGAUCAGCCAGGUCAUUGAUGAAGCGAAAAAGAAACGGAUGCAGGAUCAGAUGUUACGGUACGAGCUGAGUAAAGGGAGAGAAUGGGAGAAGGCUCAAGAGAGGGUCAAGGCGAGAUUGCGAUCGGGUCAAUUGUAG